UGUCAGUCACCUGUUCUGCGCCGUGAUUGGCUCCUGCUUGUACUCGCUCUACAGCAGAUGUACAGUAGUGUCAUCACAAGCGGCCGUUUCAGAGAUUAACUUUGCUAUAAAGAAACCAUAUAUCGUGUGUAGUCAUGACAACACUGGAUGAUAAGAUACUAGGAGAGAAACUGCAGUAUUACUACAGCAGCAGUGAAGAUGAGGAGAGUGACCACGAGGAAGAGGAGAAAGCUUCCAAAACCAUCCGCGACCAGGAAGUGCUGGACGUGGAAAUCGACUACAGUGCAGACGGCAGUUCGGUCAACACCGGGCCAAAGGGUGUGAUUAAUGAUUGGCGGAAAUAUAAGCAGCUGGAGAAUGAGCAGCGUGUGGAGCAGCAGAAAGAGAUGGAGCGACUCAUCAAGAAACUCAGUAUGACCUGCAAAUCACACCUGGAUGAAGAGGCCGAUAAAAAGAAAGAGAAAGAUCUGCAAGACAAGAUCGCAGGCAAAAUGCCCCUUCGUGUGGAUGAAGAAGAUGAGGAUGAUGAUGAUGAGGCCUUCCUCCAGCAGUACCGUCUGCAGCGUAUAGAGGAGAUGAGGCGACAUCUCUGUGGGGGGCGGCGAUUUGAGAAGGUGUUUGACAUCUCCUCUGGGGAGGAGUUUCUGCACGCCAUUGACAAAGAGGGCAAGAACACUCUGGUGGUGGUCCACAUCUAUGAGCCGGGGGUGCCCGCUUGCCAGGCCAUGGAGGGCAGCCUGCUCUGCCUGGCUCUACAGUAUCCAAUGGUGAAGUUCUGUCGGGUCAGGGGCUCUGCGGUGGGCACCAGCGCUCUGUUCCGCAGCUCAGCUCUGCCAGCCCUGCUGCUGUACCGCGGAGGGGACCUGGUGGGCAAUUUGGUGCGCGUGUCCGAUCAGCUUGGUGAUGAUUUCUAUGCCACAGAUGUCGAAGCGCUGCUACAGGAAUUUGGCCUGCUUCCAGAGAAAUACUCACAGCCAAACAUGCACUCAUCUAUUCGAAACGCAGCUGUCACUCACACCAGUGACUCAGACAGCGACCUGGAUAUAGACUAAAUGUGACGAUACAACUGUUUAUACAUAUACACACACACACACAUACACAUAUAUAUAUAUAUACAUUGACAUCAUGAUUCAGACCCAAUAAAGUGACCAUAAAAAAAGUGGUUGCAAAUGCACAUUUAAAUUUCAAGAUCCACACUACUGUAAAUGUUUUUUUUUCUUUUUCUCCCCAAUUUGGAAUGCUCAAUUCCCAAUGUGCUUUAAGUCCUUGUGGUGGCAUAGUGACUCCACUCAAUGCGGUUAGCGGAGGACGAACCUCAGUUGCCUCGGCGUCUGAGACGGUCAAUCCGCGCAUCUUAUCGCGUGGCUUGAGCGCAUAACUGGGUAGACGUGGCGUGUGUGGAGACUUCACGCUUAUUCUCCGUGGCAUCCACUGAGCUACCCAGGCCCCAGUAAACAUUUGAUCUUUAUAAAAACGUUACAUCUCACAGAUCAUGAUUAAUGGACCAAAAUAAUAGACCUGAUGUAUGUGUGUGUGUGUCAUUUCAGAAAACUCCAGAAUCAGGAGUGUUUCUUUAUGCAAACAAAAAUGCAAAGGCCUUGUGUGUACCCUGCAUUGAUGUUUCACUAUUUAUUCUAGUUUUAGAAUUAUGUAUUUGUUUAUUUGUGUUUACUCUUAGAUUGCUUUACCCUCUGUUAGUUUUAUACAUUUUAUAGAUAUCCAUAAAGAUGAAUGCAAAAAUAAAAACAAAACCCAAUUCUGAUUUUUACUUUGUCCUGAAUUUACUUUGACACACGCACCUUACAGUCUAGCUGAUCCCACAAAAGCUCAAUGGGGUUAAGAUCCAUAACACUCUUUUCCAAUUAUCUGUUGUCCAAUGUCUGUGUUUCUUUGCCCACUCUAACCUUUUCUUUUUGUUUUUCUGUUUCAAAAGUGGCUUUUUCUUUGCAAUUCUUCCCAUAAGACCUCCUGAGUCUUCUCUUUACUGUUGUACAUGAAACUGGUGUUG